GUAAGCCUCUCAGCAAAUAAUUUAGUUGGUGAGAUCCCUGAUGAGAUAAUGGAGCUGGUUCAAUUGCAAUUUUUGAAUCUUUCACAGAAUCAUUUGACUGGAAAGAUCCCUGAUAAGAUCGGCAACUUGAAGCAACUUGAAACACUUGAUCUAUCAAUGAAUGCACUCUUCGGUGCAAUCCCUGAGAGCUUAUCUGAUUUGUACUCAUUGAACUCUCUGAAUUUGUCACACAAUAAACUUUCAGGGCCAAUACCAUCAGGAAAUCAGCUUCAGACCUUGACCGAUCCAUCCAUCUAUGAAGGAAACAGUGGACUCUGUGGCAAACCGCUCCCAAAAAACUGCUGGGAACACAAAUCGCCUACUAAAAAUGGGCCCAUUCAUGAUGAUAAAGGCCACAGCGAGUCUGAUUGGUCUUGGUUUUAUGCUGGAAUAGGACCGGGUUUUGCUGUCGGGCUCUUGGGAGUUCUGGGAAUCCUUCUCUUCAAGAAGUCAUGGCGCUAUGCAUAUUUCAAGUUUAUAGAAAGUGCCUGUGACAAAAUCUGGGUAAAGACUACUCGCCUGAGGAGGAAGUUCCGUUGAGUAAGU